ACACACACAUUCAAACAUCUGUCAAUGCACAUAUAUACAUUGGGCAGCUGACUUUCUCUAGAUGGAUUCAAUUUUGGAUAAGCAAAUACGAUUGUUUAGUUUCUAAGCAGCAAAUAAAUAAACGUGUAAACAAAUAACUAAAUAAAAAAUACAGCUCUUGAUUCAUAGAAAAUCAAACGUUACAGGUUGGCUGAUCAAAGAGAGUUAAGGCAAAUAUUGUGCGAUUAGUCAUCUAAUUCCCAGCAUAUCUGCAAUACCGCUCCUAACAUCAAGAUGGAUGAUCUGACGAAUUUUCUCAAGCAGGCCGGUAAAGAAUUCCUGAAUGCGGCCGGUGAUGCAGCAGUGGGUGCGGCAAAAGAUGUUGUCGGCUCGGUCAUCAACGAAAUAUUUAUUAAAAAAGAGGCUGAUACCAAACGUGUUCUUCCAAGCAUUAAGAAUAUGCGCGUGCUUGGCGAACGGGGCAGUGGUACACGCGUGCAAGCAGACAUCCAAGACUUUGAGUCCAUCCGGAGCAUGUGCAUUACAAAUGGUUCCUUAUUCGAGGAUCCAAUGUUUCCAGCCAACAACGAGUCGCUUAUGUUUUCACAACGACCAGAUCGGCACAUCGAAUGGAUGCGUCCGCAUGAAAUCGCUGACGACCCACAAUUCUUCGUGGAAGGCUAUUCGCGUUUCGAUGUGCAGCAAGGCGAAUUGGGCGACUGUUGGCUGCUUGCUGCCACGGCCAAUCUAACGCAGGAUCCAAAUCUAUUCUUUCGCGUUGUGCCGCCAGAUCAAAGCUUUGAGGAGAGCUAUGCUGGCAUUUUUCAUUUCUGCUUCUGGCAGUAUGGCAAAUGGAUCGAUGUGGUGGUCGACGAUCGGCUGCCGACCUACCGCGGCGAAUUGAUGUAUAUGCAUUCCACGGAGAAAAAUGAAUUUUGGAGUGCACUGCUGGAGAAAGCCUAUGCCAAAUUACAUGGCUCCUAUGAGGCGCUAAAGGGCGGCACCACUUGUGAGGGUAUGGAAGAUUUUACCGGCGGUGUAACGGAAUGGUAUGACCUGAAAGAGGCACCAGACAAUCUAUUCAAUAUCCUACAUAAAGCUGUCGAUCGUAACUCCUUGAUGGGUUGUUCUUUGGAGCCCGAUCCAAAUGUUUUGGAGGCCGAGACGCCACAAGGCUUGAUACGUGGUCAUGCCUACUCGAUAACAAAAGUGUGUUUACUCGACAUUGCUGUGCCCAAUCGACAGGGCAAAAUACCAAUGAUACGCAUGCGUAAUCCCUGGGGUAAUGAGGCCGAAUGGAAUGGUCCGUGGAGUGAUAGUUCACCCGAAUGGCGUUAUAUACCCGAAGAUCAGAAACAAGAAAUCGGUUUGACUUUCGAUCGUGACGGUGAAUUUUGGAUGUCAUUUCAAGAUUUUCUCAAUCAUUUCGAUCGUGUUGAAAUUUGUAAUUUAUCACCGGACUCGCUAACCGAAGAGCAACAGAAUAGCGGUAAACGGCGUUGGGAAAUGUCUAUGUUUGAGGGUGAAUGGACGUAUGGUGCCACAGCCGGUGGUUGUCGUAACUUUUUAGACACUUUCUGGCAUAAUCCACAAUACGUUAUAACACUAGCCGAUCCGGAUGAAGAUGAUGAUGACGGCAAGUGUACGGUGAUUGUGGCGUUGAUGCAAAAGAAUCGUCGUUCCAAACGUAAUAUUGGUAUGGAAUGUUUGACAAUCGGUUUUGCUAUUUAUCACCUAACCGAAGAUGAUUUACACACCAGACCGCAAGGUCUGAACUACUUUAAAUAUCGCGCAUCCGUCGGACGCUCGCCACAUUUCAUUAAUACACGUGAGGUUUGUGCACGCUUUAAACUUCCACCUGGUCAUUACUUAAUCGUACCAUCUACCUUUGAUCCGAAUGAGGAAGGUGAAUUCGUUAUUCGUGUUUUCUCGGAAACUCAGAAUAACAUGGAAGAGAAUGACGACCAUGUUGGAUAUGGAAGCCCGACGGAUGAUAAGGUGUUGCCAAGUCUUCCCAACCCAAUGGAUCCCAGACCGCAAGAAGGACACAAUGAGAGUCUUUUGAAACUUUUCCAAAGUAUUGCCGGUCCAGACAUGGAGGUGGAUUGGAUGGAAUUGAAACGGAUAUUGGAUCAUUCAAUGAAAGAUGAUUUGCCAAAGAGUACAAGUUAUACGCCAUACAACUACAAUGUGCAAAACGCUGACGUUGGAGGUGGCGCACCGGCAGAGGGUGGUGGUCUGAAUAUCUUGGCGCUUGUUUGUGGUCCAUUUUGCAAGGGCACACCAUUUGAGAGCAUCUUUUCAGAGGGCAACGAACAAAAUCCGCCAAAUGCGAAUCAGACCAAAGCGGGCGGUUAUAUUGGUUUGCCACCAGUCAUAAUGGAGGAGAAUACUGGUGGUUUCUCUAAGGAUGUCUGUCGCUCCAUGGUUGCCAUGAUGGAUGUCGAUCAGUCGGGUAAAUUGGGUUUCGAAGAAUUCGAAGCGCUACUCACCGACAUUGCAAAAUGGAAAGCGAUAUUUAAGCUGUAUGAUCCCGAACAAACUGGCCGCAUUGAUGGCUUUAAAUUGCGUGAUGCGCUCAACUCAGCCGGCUAUCACCUCAACAAUCGAAUACUCAAUGCGUUGGCACAUCGUUAUGGUUCGCGUGAUGGCAAAAUCUCUUUCGAUGAUUUUCUUAUGUGUGCAGUGAAAAUUAGAACCUAUAUUGAUAUAUUCAAGCAGCGUGACACCGAAAACAAAGAUGUGGCUACAUUCAGCAUGGACGAAUGGAUUGAAAAAACUAUAUAUUCAUAAAAUAAAUAUCAUAAUUACUUACAUUUUACAUUAUUACAGCCGAUAAAUCUCAUAUCUCGAAUUCAACUACACACACACACACACACAUUAGCAAUAUCUUUUCUAUAACUUAUUGUAUCUAAUACAAAAAACGUAAAUGUUAUCCACUUCUAUGCUAUUGUUGCUUAAUGUUUGAACAAUGAAUCUCAUUUGUCGCAUAUUUCUGUAUGCUAGCUGUAAAUGACUACAGUAUCUUUGCUAACGCUUCCCUAACUACACAAAGUUAAUUCUCUCUCUCUAUAUAUGUAAUAUAUCCCUUUAGUUACAUACUCUCUAUAACAACAGUAUGUAAACGGUUUUGGACACUUUUUGAAAAUUUGACUAAACCAAAAGAGAAAUGAACAAAAUUAUAUUAAUAAAAAAAUAUGAUCCUAACGCAUUCACUAAUUCGUAUAUACCAAAUAUUACAAACUUUAAAAAAUAUAACUUCAAUACAAUCAUAUACAGUGUUAACGAUUAUACAAAUUUGUUCUUGUAAAUACAGUUUGCAUAACAAAAUUAAUUUUAUAUGUUGCACUCACUACACUUUGUAAAUUGUAAAACAGAAAAACGAUUUGAAUGCCUUAUUGUCAGCAGUCAGUAUAUUUUUCAUACUCAUUUUCUAUUCGUAGAUUUUGCUAGAACUGCAAAACAGAAAUUACCUCAGUCAAUACGUAACAAUCUGUUAUACACUAAAGACAGGCACUAUUGCAGUCAACUUUUAAAGACGCGUAUGCAUAGAUAAAUAUAUAUUUGUUUGUGUUUUUGUUUGAAAUUUUAGUAAGAAAGUUAAGCAAUUAUAUAUAUGUAUGUAUAACGAAUGCUGUAUUUUUGUAUUGCAAUUUUUUAUCUUAAACAAAAAAAUAUUGUUAAAAUUAUGUGCUGCAAUAAAAUGAAUCAAUAUACACAAUAAA